UGUCAAUCAUACUUCUCAAGGCUCAGAAAAGGACACAAACAAAUUUGAUUUAUCACCCCGGGACAGAACUUUGGAGCAGAACAUUUUGAACUCACCCUUGGGCCCCGGGGCACUGCGCUCUGAGUAACCCACCGACCAGGCGCAGGGUUCACAGGGACCCUGCCACCUGCGAGCCCCACGCGCUCUCCCUGCUUCCCAUUCGAUUGUAGUUUUUGAACUAAAAUAGACAUCGAUGACUAGCCCCCGGUGUUUCUGCGGACGAUGCCCCGUCAGCCGUCUGGCUGAGCUCACCGCUCACCAGGGAGACCCGAGACCUGAGCCACCAAGCGCGGGGGCGCCGCCAAUCAUCCAGCAGGGCGCACGCCGCGCCCCUCUCUCAGCAGGACAGCCCACCCACCUGCUCCUCUUACGCCCCUCUGCUGCCACCAAGACCGUCCGCCACUCACCUCCCGGGUGCGGGUGGCGCUGACAGUCCCUGGUCUGGCCGCUGCGCCGAUCCCGCUUCAAGGCUGUUUACACCCGCGAGCAACACCCUGAACGGAAGGGCCCACGCUGCCCGGAGGCUCCCGGGCCUGUGCGCUAACAGGCUAUAUUUGUAAGCAGAUAAUAUGAUCUGGAGGACAUGUGCUGAUAAACCAUCUAUCUAUUCUAUGUGACUCAGCCCAGCAUGAGACAAAACAGACUUGGUAGGGGAGGGCUUGGCACCGCGCACAGGCCUGCCAGUUUGAGCCCCAAAGCAGGAUUGUCUGCACGCCUCCGACAGAGCCAGACCUUUUCACAUUGGAAAUCCCGAAGGGUACAGCAAAAGAGGGUCAGAAAGGAGAAUGGGUCACAUGUUCGUGACUCUCGAGGUUAGGAACCAAACAAAAAGCAGGAUUAGAAAACACAGCAAGUGUGAUUUUCUUCGUGGCCAUUUCCAACAUGUUUGAACUGGGAUUAGCUGCCGGGCUGGGCCACCACGAACUUACACGUACAUCUCUGGGAGACCUGGGCUUCAGGGAUGGAAGUAUCCCGUCCCAGAAGGAACCUGCAGUUCGUUCCCGAUCUUUCCAGUUUGUGCCGUCCAUUGGAGUACAGGACAGUAAGGAGCUAAACAAAACCUGCUGUCUGAAUGGGGGCACCUGCAUCCUGGGGUCCUUCUGUGCCUGCCCCGCUUCCUUCUAUGGACGGAACUGUGAACACGAUGUGCGCAGAGAGAACUGUGGGUCUUUGCUGCAUGGUGCUUGGCUGCCCAAGAAGUGCUCCCUGUGCAAAUGCUGGCACGGCCAGCUCCGCUGUUUUCCUCAGGCGUUUAUCUCUGGUUGUGAGAACCACGCAAUGGAAGAGCACCUCGCAGUUUCCAGGACUCCAGGAUUAGCCUCCUCUGCAUGUACUGCUCUCAUGCUGGCUGGCCUCUGCCUUUUUAUUCAAUGUUAAUAGUUAAUUGACAUUUGCCUUUUUUUGGAAAUACAAGUUUAGUUAUCAUGAGAAUUUCAUGAUUAGUAAAGGCUGUAGUGCUCCAAAGUCCUAACUAAAAGAUGAUCAUUUGUUAUUUGCCUUAAAAUAGUGCAUGUUUCCAUACUGAUCCCUAACACAUCCUUAAAGCACCAAGUACUUUUUACCUUUGCUCUGCUGUCUCUACAAAAGCUACUUUAAAAAAAAAAGGUCAUCCCUGUUGACCUUGUGUCCAA